UCUAUUUUCUACUAUUUCUACCAAAAUUUCGUAUUUUUGUACGAAUAAAAUCGUACGUGCGAUAUUGUGUGAAUACUGCAAACAUUACCUACCUAUCUAUUUAAUUAAUAAUUAGUCGUGAUCGCGGUACCUACGUCGCUGUUAGUCGUUACCAUACCUAAUAUUAUUUUGAAUUUUAAACGUGAUAAUCGGCCUGUCGAACAACUCGGUGAUAAUGUUUGUCGGUGAUUUGGUAAAAGAGUUUUACGACGUUGUUUCAAAAAAUAAAAUUUUAAUUUUGGUAAAUUAUGAUGUGGAUGCAAUUUGCGCUGCAAAAAUAUUUCAAUACAUAUUACGUUUUGAUAAUGUUGUUUAUGUACUUGUGCCUGUAAAAACUACUACUGAAUUGAAAAAAGCUUACAAGGAACAAAAAGCGGAAAUAAAGUUUAUAAUGUUAAUUAACUGUGGUGGUUCAUUAGAUAUAAUAGAUAUUUUAGAACCAGAGGAAGAUAUAAUUUUUUUUAUUACUGAUAGUCAUAGACCUACAGAUAUCUGCAAUGUAUACAGUAGUUCACAAAUAAGAAUUCUCACUACUCCUGAGGAAGAUGAAAAAAUACCCGAGUUUGAUGAUAUAUUUAUUGAUGAAGAGUCAUCUGAAGAAGAUUCUAAUUCUGAUGAUCUAAAUGAUGAGUCAAAUAAUGAAACUGUUGAGAAACGUCAAAAUAAAAGGAGAAUGCUUCAACAAAAAGCAUUUAUGAAAAGAAAAGAAAGAAAAAAUUGGGAAGAAAAAAGAAAAAAGCUUUUAUUUGAUUACUCUCAAUUUUCAUACUAUGGAAGAUCGAGUGCUAUAUUGAUGUAUGAUCUUGCUUGGAAAUUACAUAGAGAAUCUGUUGAUGUAUUGUGGUGGGGUAUUAUUGGUGUAACUGAGCAAUUCAUUUUUGGUAAAACUGAAAACAUGCGUUACUUAAAAGAAGUUGAGUUAAUUGGUGAUCAUAUUGGUCGUAUUUGCGAAUUUUCUAUUAAUCAUAACGAUAUGAAAUCCAUAUCACAGACUCCAUCUUCAAACGAUACUUCAAAUUUAAGGAUUGAAUCAGAAAAAGAUUUAUUAUUAGCCUUAUACAGACAUUGGACAAUUGAAUCAAGCCUUCGAUAUUCUAUGUUUACAGCUGUAUCUUUAAAACUUUGGACUGUAAAAGGAGAGAAAAGAUUGAAACAAAUUUUAGCUGAGAUGGGGUUACCUUUAUCGGAAAGUCGUCAAAUGUACCAUUCUAUGGAUUUAAAUUUACGUAAACAAUUUUUUGGGAUGAUGGAAAAAAUGUCUAACACUCAUAAUUUGUUACACUUGAUUUAUCCUUCUUUUAUAUUACACCAAGGUUAUAAAACUCGGUAUCAGAGUGCUGAUUAUGUUUAUUCAAUGAUUGCUACUUUGGAAAGUAAAAUUAGUGGAAAUUCAUCUACAGAGUGUUUUUAUAAUACAAUGGAUUCAUUGUCUCGAUCCAACAAAAACUUAUUAGAUGAAGGAAUAGAAAGAGCCAAAUGGAUAUUGACUAAUAUGUUUAGACAUAUACAAGCAGCAUUAGAUAUGAGACAAGUGAUAUUAGCAGGUCCAUUUUAUUACCUAAUUGUCCAAGAGGGUACAUUAAAUUCACAGCAUUAUUCCAAUCCACAACUUUUAACUAUGUUAGCUUCAUUUGCAUUGAGGGCUCAAAUUGCAUCAUCUUAUAAAAAUAAAAAUAAUCGUUUACCAUUAAUUGCUUCAGCAGUUCUUAAUUCAGACAAAGAUACUUGUAUUGUAGUUGGUAUUCCUCCUAUAACAGAAUCAAUGCCUAGAAGUUUUUUUGGAAAAGCAUUUGAGCAAGUAGCCAAUAAAACAAAUAUAAAUAUUUCACUAGAUUACUUCGAUUCAUCUAUUAUUACAAUGCAAAUUAAAGAUCGGCCAACAUUUUUUGAUGCAUUAACAGCAUUACUUAGUUGACAAUUUAUAUUUAUAAAAUUGUAAUUAAAUAACUAUUAA